AUCCUCCGCACGACGGGGCCGUCGGAAUGCGUCUCACUCAGCAUCGGGCUCGUAGUGGGAUGAGCAACCAGCUCACCUUGAAGGAGAAUCGAACCCUCAUGAGUAGUACAUGCCACCAUCUCAGGACACGGCUUUGACGAACUGUCUCAGUAAGGCCGAAGCCGAGACUCGAGGAUCACGGCGCAUUGGUUCGCUUGGAACAGCCCGAGAUGCUUAUCUCUCCAAUGCUCGUACAGAGGCCCCACCCCCUGUCUCUGGAUGCUCUGGCUUGAUAGGACGGACACCAAAAGAAGCCAGGUCAGACAGCUUCGAUGUAGCCAAGCGAUUGAAGAAUUGCUCCUCUUGUUUCGCUGGGCAGACAUGUCCAGCAAUGAUUGGCGACAACCAAAAAAAGGACGUGGCGAAAAGGGGUGUCACAGCGACGCAAAUCUGAUUGACGGGCUGCAUGUAGAAACUCGUAACUCUUAUCGACUUUCUCAAUCUGUG